AUGGUGAAAUCAGACGUGCGCAAGGACUACUAUGCGGACCUUGGGCUGCAGCCCAGCGCGGAGGCCGAGGACAUCAAGAAGCAGUUCAGGAAACUAGCGCUCAAGUACCACCCAGACAGGAACCCAGGACGAGAAGUCGAGUUCAACGCCAAGUUUCAAGCCAUCCAGGCCGCCAAUGAAAUUCUCAGUGAUCCCUCACAACGACUAAAAUACGACACCGAUCGUUUACGAGCAGGCUACGGAAAGUGCUACGGACCACCUAAGGCAAAUACCCAGCGCAAAACACAACCCCCCACCUAUUCUCCUCGCCCUGCGCCCACCUCGGCGUCUGCAAAUUCACAAUACACAAAGGCGACCCCGAAUACCCCAUCGGCUGGCGCUCGACGAUAUGCAUCUCAUGCGCGUGCCGGUCCGCAACAAUUCAAACAACAGGACGACGCGCAAACAAGGGCUGAUGCAUUCCAUGGCUUCAAUAACAUGAGAGGAGGUCAGGCACCUGGGUGGCAGGGCUUCGAUCCAUCAACUGGUCGUGCCACUGGCGGUGUCCCAGGUCCUGGGGCACAACUUCAUCCCUUUGGAACUUCUGCGCAGUCCACCCGGCCUAAGUCUGCCUUUGAGGCCCACAACUCCCAUUCCAAUGCACAAUCUUUCAAGAAGAAGCAGGGAUUUGCGCCAGGUGUAGCUGGAGGAGACGAACCGAUGGCCCGCAACACCUCUGCCUAUAGCAGCAACCGGGCUGAACGGAUGAGCAGUCAGUAUUUUAAGCCUGCUGUGCCCCCAACUGCGAAGAAACCAGCCUCAACUGAGCCGCCUCAACCCAAAUCUCGCCAUUCUUACACCCCGGAGUUCGAACGACCCAGUAGGAGCUACGCCCAGGCAGGCAAGGGUGAGAGGACUUUCUUUUCAAGCACUGGAUUAGGACGUUCCGCAACCAUGCAUACCCCCCCAGGUUCUUCCCAUAAAAACGAGCACAUAGGGAAAACUAGCCCUGCCUCAGGGCGAUCUGGGAGAUACCGUAGCGCUAGCCCUUCGCCCAGGCGAAAUCCCAAUAACUAUGACUCUACCAGCUCGAGUGGAGGGGAAGAGACCAGGCCCAAACCGAAGGCUGUACCAAAGAGUCGACUAGGGCCGCAUCAAAAGUUUGCCGACUUCUACAAACCAGAAACAGCCAGCCCUGGAAAUGGUAUGGACUUCAUCUCCUUCCCCCUCGCAAAUGGUCUUCGAGCCGUCGAGCUACCAGAUGGUAGCUACGAACUCCAUUCGAUUUCUCGGAAUCUCCCCCUUAUUCAACGUAUCCCUGCUGACAAGGAUGGUCCCAAAGGACACACCUCGGACAGCGCUGCUUUCCCAAAAAGCUCGUACCGAUCAGACCAGCAGACCAACCCAUCAGGUUCUUCCUCUUCUGUCAAGUAUGUUCGGUAUACCUACUAUCAAGUUGUUUCGCCUUAUCUGACAGACACUGGUCUUAGUACUGACCCAGCAAACAAUGCACAAAGACCCCAAUCUGUCGCCUAUGGACGCAGCAGCGCGAGUGACUUGCACAAGAAGUUUUCUGCGGACGAUUGGCGGGAUCAUUUGGGUCAGUUCGAUUUCAUGGGCUCUGCCACGCCAAGCAAGGAGUCACUUCCGAGAUCGCCUGCCUCACAGAAUCGGGGUCGUGCAAAUAUCCGAAACAGACCUACCCAGACAUCCUCGACUGGAUCGCCGAUUCCAAAUCCCUUCGGCCCUAAUCCUCCGUAUCAUGCUUCACAGUCACCACAGCAACCACCAACGCCCUUUGCACAGGCAAAGUUUUCUGCAGAUACAUGGUCUGAACAGCUUCGAAAUCUCUCGUGGACUGUACCCGAGAUCGAGAAAGCCAAACAAGCGGUAAACGCUGCGCCUCGUAGUCCAAAGAAACAGCCCAGAACCGGUACUAACCUGCGGAGCGCUCCACAGCCCGCAAGUGUUGUUACUGAAGCAGACGAAGCUAAGGAAACUCUCAAUGGUCAGACUCAUGGGCCAGCCGAGACAGCAGCGCCGGACGUUGAAGAGAUGGACCUCGACGAGGACCUUUCUACUCCGGGUAUUCCGCCGAAGGUCCCUGCUGGAAUGUCAAGCAGUGGCAGCUAUCCCGAUUUGGCUUCGCGGGCCGUACCAGACGCCCCUCAGGUCAAGAAGUCCAAGACUCCCAGCGCAGAACACCGCACCCCUCUAUUCAACCUCGAUAACCUUCGCAGCACCGUACCAUUCACCAAUACGACCGGCGGGGGCAUCGAGAACUUAGAAGACAUCCACACCACUCUGCCAUUCGAAUCCCAAGCCAAGCAGCAAAGAACCACAAGAGACGAUAUCCGCCCCCGCGUAUUGCAACUCCCAAAUCCCCCCAAACGACCCUGGGCCCCGAAACCUGUCUUUGUGGCCCCAAUCUCCAAACAACUCGUCCUCCCUAGGGACAAAUGGAACUGGUACGUCUCAGCAAUGGGAACAUACAUGCACGAAUGGAACGCGUUCAACGGCCGCAUGCUUACGCAUUUCAAUGCGCGCCAAGAAGCGAACGAAACUGGUCUCGCGCCGGGGUGGAUCAGUGCCGUUGGAGACUCCACUCGUCUUAAGAUCAACGGCGCGGAUGACGACAGCAUUGACGGCACGACAAAGAAGGAUCUUGAUGAUUACCACGUUGACGAAUUCCUCAUCCCCGGUACCGGCAAGGGUGGCUUCAGUGCAUAUCUUCGUGGCAUUGAGGAGGACAUCCAGGUGCGUAAGCACUGGGAUGUUGCCUGUGAGCUGCAUCGGGAAUGUAUCCUUGACCUUGGACGAUUAAGACAAUGGAUUCGAGACGGCGGAAAGGUGGUUUGA